GUUGUGUAGUAGUAGUCGUGGUAAGUAAGCGUGUCGUUCGAUGACUAGUAUUUUGAGCAGAGGGUGCACUCGAUUGCUGAGAACAACGGCUCUGGACUCCACGCAAUUCCCAACAAACCAUCUCAGAAGAAGACUCGUGAGCAGUCAUCGUUUUCUCAGAGCUUCCAUGGAUGCUUCUUCUAGGGCAUCAUCAGGCGGAGUGGUGCGCUUCCCUCUGUCGUCCACCUCUUCUCUCGUCAUCCAGAGAGGAGACAUCACCAAGUGGUUCGUCGACGGCUCCACCGACGCCAUAAUUAAUCCGGCAAAUGAGCGAAUGCUUGGAGGUGGCGGCGCAGACGGAGCCAUACACAGGGCUGCUGGACCAGAUCUUCUGCAAGCAUGUUAUGGUGUUCCAGAAGUUAGUCCCGGAGUUCGCUGCCCCACCGGAGAAGCUAGGAUUACCCCAGGUUUUAGGUUGCCUGUUGCUCAUGUGGUUUUCACCGUUGGACCCAUGUACAAUGGAAGGAGUACUGCUGAAGCCGCUCUGAGAAACACGUACAGAAACAGCUUGAAGAUUGCCAAGGAGAACAACAUCCAAUAUAUUGCAUUUCCAGCCAUAUCUUGUGGUGUCUAUGGAUACCCCUAUGAUGAAGCUUCCACAGUAGCUAUAUCGACUAUUAAAGAGUUUGCAAAUGGCAUUAAAGAGGUGCACUUCGUUCUUUUCCAAGAAGACAUCUACAGUGUUUGGUUGAACAAGGCAAAUGAAUUGCUCAAGGCUUGAUAUGCCUCAUCAUCUGCUAGUUCGCAAAUACAUUGAACUUCCUAUUAGUGUGUGUUUGUAUGUAUGCAGAACUGUUCAUGUAUCGAAUCAGAAGCCUAUGAAAAUCAAAUGUGGAACUAGUUGAUUAAGCAUAAGAUGUCUUUCAGCUACCAACGUGGUUUGAGUCGGAGUUUCUGCCAAGUUUUUCCUUCCUGUGGAUCAAGUGAUGUCUUGUAACUUUGUUUGAAUUAUAUACAACCGUUUGUAAAACCUUCUUGUGA